CUGAUCGACCACCUGGGAUGGAGGUCGUCGCCUGCGAGGGCGCGCGGCGGGCUCUGUUCGCCUGGGGAGCAAACAGUUAUGGACAGCUUGGUCUUGGUCACACAGAAGACGUACUCCUGCCUCAGGCCUUGACACGAUUUUUCUGUAAUGAGGAAAACAUUGAAAACAUUACUGGAGGAGGGGGACAUUCUGCAGUUCUCACUGACACUGGAAAACUCUUCUUCUGUGGCCAGAAUAAAGAUGGGCAGUUGGGGCUUGGUCAUGCCAAAGACGUGACACAGUUUACGUUAUGCACCUCUCUGUCCGGAUGUCCUGUCGUACAAGUUGCUUGUGGUUGGGAUUUUACAAUCAUACUCGCAGGAAGCGGCCAAGUGCUGUCGUGUGGAUCUAAUUCUUUUGGGCAAUUGGGAGUUCCUCCAACGUCAGCAGGAUGUUUUUUUCCACAGAAGAUUGAGUCUUUACAGGGCAAGGUGGUAAAUGUUGCUGCUGGACUCAGGCAUGCGCUUGCUGUCACAGAUAGGGGCUCUGUGUUCCAGUGGGGAAUUGGUAUGGCCUCUCAGGCAAAGCGGGCUUGCCAAGGAGAAAUGGUUCCAUCCUUUUUGAAGGCAAAAGAACCUUGUGAAGUGACAGGUCUAGAAAAUAUGACUGUAAAGAGUGUCACAUCUGGCUCAUUCCAUGCCACAGCACUAACAGAAGAAGGAGAGUUGUAUGUUUGGGGAAGCAACAAACACAACCAGCUGGUGAGCAAAGAUUAUUUUCUUUUAAAACCACAGAAGAUAGAAAGUCAUUAUUUUUGGGGUGAAAAAAACAGAAGAGUCUGGAAUGGAUGGACGCACAUGGUGGCACAAACAGACACAGGGAAGAUCUUUACCUGGGGUAGAAGAGACUAUGGCCAGCUUGGAAAAAAUGGACAGUUAUCUGAAAGGCAGAUUCAGGAUGUAAAGAUAUCAUCCGAGCAUGGUUUGAAGGAGCUCUUUCAUAUUCCUGCUACAGUGCCAAGUCUCACUGGAGCAUCUCAGAUUGCAUGUGGAUCAGAGCACAACCUAGCAAUAGUUGAUGGCCAGUGUUUCUCUUGGGGAUGGAAUGAACACGGGAUGUGUGGCAAUGGAACAGAAGCUAACAUUUGCACCCCUCAGCCCAUUGAGACCCUUCAUUCAGCAGAACCGCUCUUAAUUGGAUGUGGAGCUGGCCAUUCUAUGGCCUUCUGUCAUUUCCCAGGCGUCAACCACUCACAGUAGAAAUGUCAGCACCAUUUGGGAUUUAUAUUGUUCGCGCACUCAGUACAAACAACAGCGAACACCCUUGUUAAUUUGAGAGCAACGGAGAAUAUUUUGAUUCAGAAUGCUGUUUUUAAGAAAAAAUAAGUGGACAGAAAUUAAUGCUGAUAGAAGCAGACACAAACUGAUGGAAAUUGUGAUGAACAUGAGUCAAAAUUUCACUGGAAACAGGACUGAAAUGGAACUUGGCUUUAACUGGCUGAAUUCCUGGUUAUUUCAGGAGUUUUGCGUAGUUGGACAAAUGUAUUUUUUAGGCUGCCAAGUCCCUGAAUUGCCCAGCCAUCAUGGCCAUUAUGGUGGUGAUGAUAAGGUAUCUGGGAGCUUUAGCCCAAAAGAGUUAACUUUUCCAAGCGUUAAGCUUUAGCGUAUAGUCAAAAAUUUGACCGAAGAGGAGAGAUGCUAUAGAUGGAUGAAGAUAGAAGGCUGGACUUUGUCUGUACUUUAAAAAAAACUGUUUUAAUACUUUUCUGCGAAACCUUGAAUUCAGUAUAAAGUAUGGUAUAUGGGUGUUCUAAAUAAGACAAAACAAAGGGAAGAAUAUGCAUUCAGUUCAGUAGGUGUUGGACUAUAAGGAAUAAUGCCAAAGUCUUCAGAAAAAGAGGCAUUUUGACAAGAAAACCGAAAGAAGAGAGGGGUGGUGUAUACCAGUAUUCUGACAAGAAAUUCCAGGCAAAAAGAAUAAUAAGGAAGAAGAGGUGGCAUUUUAAAAGGCAGAGAUGGCUGUGUCCAGAGAGUUCAGCUUUGACACAUGUUACCAUCGCCUUGGAUGCUCAUUUGUGGAGUUCCUCAGAGGUCAUUUAUCUCCCUCAACACUUUUCAACAAAUUCUAUAUAAGUGAAAGUCCAAAUGCAUGUUGUUUGUUUGUAAUGGGAUGUAAAUGAGAAUGCUGCAAUUAAAAAAAUUGAAAAGGCCCUCUUGCACACUUUAGCAACUGAUUUUUUGAAAUGAUAAAAUUUGAGGCUGGGGAGGGGAACCCAAGGAUGCUAGCCCCUCAAACCAUAGCAAUGUUGUCCCCCCCAUCCCAAAAGGGCAUAAAGGGAUUUUUUAUUAAAAGAAAGCCUUUUCACUGGGGAGCUUUGAAAAUACUAAGGGUACAUGCAGCUCAUAGACCACAUAUUGCUCAUCUGCGGUUUAAUACACUAGGAAAGUUCUGAUGUUGUUGACAUGUAGAUCCCAUCAACUCUGGUGAUAGAACUCUGGCUAGGGAUUAUGGGAAUUGUAUAUUGUGAACAUUGGAAACCACUACUUUGGACAACUGAGGCUGAUUGAGCUGGAGCGGAAAUAGUUACAGAUGGAGAUAUGCACGCUAUGAGAGUAGAAAAAUGAAAGGCAAAGAAGGCCAUGGAGGGCUUUGAAAGGCAAGGACAGAGUUUCAUGAUGGAUUGGGAAGCCAGAGGAGGGAUUUAAAGAGGAUAAAUGUACCAUCUAACAAAGACAGAUUGUUUUGUCAACCAAAUUCUGGACAUAUCUAUGGUGUCUGAAGUGUAAUGUCAGACCAAUAGACUGUGCAUGGGAUGCCUGCCAUGUCACCAGCCUUUACAAAAGGUUGUAGGGAAGGCUUUAUUCUUACUAUACUGCCUUGGCACAAUACAAAAUAUUAUGUUGUAAGGUUAUUGAAUGAUGGGAUACUUUGUAAUUGGGAUAAUAUAGCACAUUGUCUUGCAACAACUUGCUGUCUAUAGUGACAUGACCUGGCAAUACAUUGAAUAUGUGUGGAAAAGGACAUGGAGGAAUCAUGAAAAAACAGCAGCACAUUUCCUAUGAUCAUGCUUUCUAUUCCAUGAUGAAAGAUGACCAACAAUGCCCUUCUUCGUGUGGACCACAAAGUGAUAACCUGGAUUGCUUUGUAAGCCUUACCACGUUCUCUUGAUAUGUACAUGUUCUUUUGGUGCCAUUGAUCCAAAUCUACAUGUUGACCUGUGGAUUCACUUACUAUGGGUAGUGUUCCUGACCUACUUGUUGACCUAAUUGCAGGGAUCUCAGAUACAUGAGUUGUCAUUGCUCCCACCACUGUCCUGGCCCCAUACAGUGAAAUCCUAUACGUGGCUCUGUGCGCGGAACAGGUCUUCUGCAAGCACAUGCUUCCAACUCUGUGUCUAAAGACAUUGCUGGUUUGGUGUGACACUUGCUUCAUACAUAUUUCAGUAGUUAUUUUAGUUAGUUUAUAUAGUAUUCCAGAUACUUUGGGAAAAGUAAUGAAGAGAAGAAUAUGCCAUGGGUUUUAUAUAGUGAAAACUGUAAAGAUAUAUAUCAUUUAAAAAAAUAAUUGAUACUUGAACUUUUUGGUAGCUGUUAAGUACUGUAUUUGUUCUCUGGCAGUUUAGUGGAGAAUUAGUCAGCUUUUAUCUAUUGCUUGAGAGAGCUGUCUAAUGAAGUCUGUCAAUUCACAAUACAAAGCCAGACCUGUCAGUUCCUUCAGCAUGGUAUGGCAAUAGAUACACCAGGACUGAAAUAAAUAUAAGAGGCCAGGGAAAGAUGAAGAGAAAAAUUACAUCAGUUGCAUAAGUGGAGCCAUGUUAUUAUGUUAUGUCACUCAUUUUCUUUACCCAGAUCAUACAGAGAGCAAAGAAGAACCUGGCUGGAUCAGACCCAAGGCUUAUCCUGGUCUCUAGCAUUCUGUUCCCACAGUGGCUAAGCAGACAGUUUGGGGAAGCCAACAAGCAGGACAUGAGCACGGCAGUGUCUCUCCCCCCCUCCCCCCAAUCAGCCUGUGAUCCCUAGCAUCUGAGAAGUUUACCUUCUGAUAUUGGAGGUGACAGAUGGCAAGUAUAAUUACUACCCACUGCUAGCUUUAUCCUCCAUCAAGCUGUCUAAUCAUUCUUUUCAAGAUGUGCAAGUUGGUUGACAGAAUGGUACCUUGCAGCAAAUUCAUUUGUCUAUGUGCUAUAUGGUAAAAUUGUUCCUUGUAUCUCUUUAGAAUCUCUUGUCACACAGCUUCAUCGGAUGCCCUUAGACUCCAGUAGCAUGAGGAAGGGGAAAACUAUAGGUUCAUCACAUGGUUCAUAAUUUUAUACACUUUUACACAUUAUACUUACAUUUUGUCUAAGCUAAAGAACCACAAACAUUGAAUCUUUUCUUGGCAGGGAAGCUGAUUGUUUUGGUAGCCAUUUUCUGUAUGCCUCCUAUCCCUACAACAUCCUUUUUUUGAGGUGCAGUUAUUCACAACUUUACACAACAUUCAAAAUAUGGUCACAUCAUAGAUUUGUAUACAGGCACUAUAUAUUAUUGGCUCAAUUUCCGCUAAUGUUCUUACAUUGAAUUUGUCCCUUUCCACCGCAGCUACAUUAAAGAUCCCACAAUAAAUCAUGGGCCUGAAAAACAUUAGGACAAUCUUUCUCAAAUAAGCAUACAGGGGAGAACAGCUAUUGCCCAGAUUUUUAUUGCUUAAUAUGAGAUGGAGAUGGCUGACUGACAUAAGGAGCCUGCACCUCCGAGAUAGCUGCCAUGAAGUGUCAGUGAUGUGAUAUAAUGUAAGAAAAGUCUGAGCAAGCAGCAAUGUAACUGAUUGCAAUAAUUUUAUUAUCUGCUAGUAAAGUGAAGUUUGGUGACUUGCCCAGUGCUGAUGCUGGGGAAGAGGUUGAUCUUGGUUUCCCUGAUCUGAAUUUGUUCUAGUUUGUCUGAAUCCUUCUUAAAGUGCAGUAUACCAAACUGGACACAGUACUCAAGAUGAAGCCUAACCAGUGUCGAAUAGAGAAGGACUAGUAUUUCAUGGGAUUUGGAGACUAUAUUACCGUUAAUGUUAUUUUAUCAUCAGAUCAAGACUUCAAUCUUAUAACCACUUACCUGGGAGCAAGCGUUAUUAAACAUGUAAAUAGACACAUGUAGGAUUGCACCAAGAAAUCUACUAUAUUAAAUAUACUUCCUAAGGUGUAAGCCCACUGGAUAGAAUGUAACUUAAUUUAUAGGUAAAAAUGCAUAGGCUUCCAACAUUAAUCUGAAACUUUUCUUUAAAUAAAUAUAAUUCCUACAGAGUACACAAAUCAUUUUACUAUGAAUUGUAGAUGAGCAAACUGUUGUUAAUCACAAAGGAAGGAGCAGUGUAAGCUAAGAACAGUAUGCAGACUUUGGUCAUCUCAGGAAGCUUCUUCAUUUCUGAUUUUGCUUCUGGAGUUCUGGAUCGAGACUGUAUUAGCAUAAUAAAGUCAAGUCAAGAAUGACAAUUUCAUGAUGGCAUUCCAAGUCAAAGGGAAUUAUACUUUUUUAAAAGAAAAAAAAGUUGUUUUAAAGGGCUUAUAAAAAUGUGAUAUUUGCAUAACCUUUCUACAGGUGGUGCAGAAUGCCGCGGCCAGACUCCUCAGCGGUGUGAAAAAAUAU